CUGUUAUGUGUUUUAAUUGAACUGUUAAUCACAGUUGACUUACACAUCACUGCAAUGAUCUGUUUGAUUGGAUUUGUGGCCAAUAUUUGACUACAUUUCUCAACAACACUCAUAUGUUUUGCAAAUACACUCAACACUUGUUUGCCUUUCAGUCAUCGUUUGGUUGUUUUGUUUUGAAUGCUAACUAUUUUGCGAUCUUUCAGUGAGUUUUGAUUCACUCAAUGAGUCAUUGAUUCAAUGAUUGCAUAAUUGGUUUGAUUUACAAAUACUAUAAAUAACUCAUAACUCAGUGAUUGUCCGCCAAAUGGCAGCUAAUCUCUCACUAAACACACGCUUUGGUCACAAACUGUCGGUUUGUAAACAACUCGUCACCACUUAACACAUCCCAAGAAGUAAUCGUCGCUUUCGAGACAUAAAUACCAUUUUUAUUGACUUAUAAAAAGUGAUAAUAAUUGCAAAGACUAGUGAUUAACGAGAUUUUGAUAAGUUUUAUAGACAUUUAUAUUGCAUUGUUUUGAAUAUGUGCUCAGAUUUAUGAUUAUAGUUAACAACAAAUAUUGCUUUUUGUGUCAAUUCAGUGAAAUACAAGUCUUGUAAUUAUCUAAUCAGUGGUUUUGUCUUAGGGUUGCGAUAGUAUUACGUGAUAUAAGACAUGAAGACUAUGAACAUUACUGGUUGUGAUGACGUCCUAAUAACCAGUUUAUAAAGUCUUUUGCAGACAAUAUGUGAGGUUUUGCCUCAUUUUGAGUGCAAUUAUUUUUGUUUAUUUAACGACUAUUAGAGAGAAAAAGUAUAAUUCAUUAAAAAGUGUGCAAACAAUACAUUACUAAUGAAUGGUGUGAAGAGUGUUUCGGCCAAAACCGGUACAAAGAAGUCGAGGAAAAUGGGUUCGAGACCUACCGGUGCCGCCAACCAGUCGCUCAAAGGGGUGAUACUUGUGGCCAUUAUUGCGUUGACUGUUUCUGUGAUAUACUUAUACAAAGAGACGAUCAAUGAGUUCAUUUCAAGUAGUUUUAACGUAGACCUCAAUAAACACGUGGACCACAAGACAUCGAAAGACAAGCCCUCUGUUAGCGAUGAAAAUCUGAAGUCCGGCGACGAAAGCAUUCAUCAAAUUCGCCAAAAGAUUACUCCAAAGCCGGCGGACAUGAAGUCUUGCGCUGUGUUUCUCAAUGACGUCCAAAGACUAACUUUGGAUGACUUCCAUCCGAUUGAUAAUCAAAAUGCAAAGGACUUGACGUUAAGUCAGAUCUCAAGUUUCAAUAAUUUACAGUUAGGGCCACGGAUUCAGUCCAUUGUUCGCAUGGAUUACUUCAAGUUUGUUAAACUAAACCUCAACCGCGGAUGCACUCUAUGGCCCGACAAUUCAAAAUGUGUGCUCCGAGACUGUAGUAUUCAAUACUGCGAUGAAUCACAACUCCCGAAGUCUGUUAUUAUGAGAGAGAAAAGCGACUCUGGAGAAGACGACUGUCCGACAGAUUCUGAGCAAAAGUUGUCUCAAAUCGAUCGCACCGUCUCGUCGACUAAUAUCGAGGCUAUGAAUACACUGUUUGAUUGCACUGAAGACGACUCAGAGGGCGCACAGUAUUACGAUUUGCUGCUAAAUCCCGAAAGAUUUACAGGCUAUAGUGGGGAGACGUGUGACCGCAUCUGGAGAUCAAUAUAUGACGAGAACUGCUUUCUUCAGAAGCAAAGCAAUCCGUUUUCAUUAGAUUCUUACUGUUAUGAGGAGAGGAUAUUCUACAGAGCGAUCUCUGGGCUCCACUCCUCUAUUAAUAUACAUCUCUCGGCUAUAUAUCACAUGAUUGACGGUUCCUUUGCCCACAACACCAAAGAGUUCGUCGACAGAUUUAACGGACAAACCGAUUAUAUAAAGAACUUAUAUUUUGUAUAUUUACUGGAAUUGCGAGCUCUGCACAAAAGUGAGCCCUAUUUGCUAAACAAAGUGAACUGGCAGUCAAGUGGUGACCAAUCGCUCACCAAAGAGGCCAUUAAGGACUUACUCCGUACAGUCAGGAAAUUUAAGUUUCAUUUCAACGAAUCAAUUCUAUUCAAACAACAGCCACCAAAUGUUGCUCAAGAAGUGGGUCAGCACUUCCACAACAUCACCACUAAUAUAAUGGAUUGCGUGGCCUGUGAUCGGUGCCGACUAUGGGGUAAAGUGCAGACACACGGACUCAGCACUGCUUUGAAGAUUCUGUUGAGCGAUGACAUCGAAAAUCUGCGAUUACAUAGACAUGAGAUCACAUGUCUGGUGAACGCGUUGGCCCGACUGUCCAAUAGUAUCGCACAGUUAGAGGUUUUUAAGAAACUACUGAUCAAUAAUUGAUUUCAAUACCUAUUAACUUAAUAUCGUA